AUAUAAAAAAAUCUGGAGCUGGCCCGCCAAAAGCUUUCUUUUUCCUACAAAAAAUUAUCAUGUUUUCCCAUACAGCAGCAGUCACAAGGACUUCUCCCCCAUCACUCUUACAUAAUGGUUGAGCAGUUCUCGGGAACCUGGAAACUCAUCUCUAGUGAAAAUUUUGAUGAAUAUAUGAAAGAACUGGGAGUAGGUUUUGCCCAAAGGAAACUGGUCAGCCUAGCCAAACCCACCAUGAUCAUCACCACAGACAAAGAUGUAGCCACCAUCAGAACAGAGACUGUCUUCAAAGUUGCUGAGAUUUCCUUCAAGCUAGACCAAGAGUUUGAGGAAAUAACAAUGGAUAACAGGCGUGCCAAGAGCGUUAUAACAAGAGAGAAUGACACUCUGAUUCAAGUGCAGAAGUGGAAUGGCAACGAGACUACCAUCAAAAGAAAAAUAGCAGAUGGAACCAUGGUGUUGGUAAGCUUUUUCCAUUUCAUUCAUACAACCAUGUGGCCAGGGGAAGGACCAUAG